GAUGNGGACGAAGUUAUUUACGACGUUAAUAAUUACAACCCUAGAAUUUACGAUGCUUGUUUGCUUUUCGGAGAUGUUUCAGGUUUUACGAAUCUCUGUGAACAGUAUACGAGAAGAGCUACUGGUGGUGCAUCCAAGUUGACGGUUGUUCUGAACAAUUUUCUUGGUGGUUUAAUCACUGAGGUGUUAUCUCACAAUGGAGACAUCCUCAAAUUUUCGGGAGAUGCUUUCUUGUCAAUGUUUAAAAGUUCAUCGAUGGAAUCUUUAAGAGAUGCUGUUCAUUUAGCGAUAGAUGCUGCUGUUUCUAUACAAAACACUUGUGGGACAUACGUGACUGAUACGGGAUUACAGUUAAAAGUUAAAUUGGCCAUUUCCUGUGGCCAAGUGGUUUUUUCAUUAAUAGGUAAUGAAAAAUAUACACAUUACAUAUGUACCGGGCAACCGAUUUUUGAUGUGAAAAAGGCGGAGAAAAAGGCCAAGGCAGGAGAAAUAAUAAUAAAUUACAGUGCUUGGGGCUAUAUUGGGGCAAACGAAUAUACUUUCGAACCACUCAAUGAUGAUGUGCAUAUUAGGGUUGUCAAUUAUGGAAUAAACUGGAGAGCUGUGGGUGAAAUGGAAAGAAGAAUGACUGCUCACUAUAUAAGAAAAAUGGUAUACGACACAACGAAGAAUAAAGUUAUUGCGUUUGCCACGGAAGAAGAACAGGAAUACGUACACGAUGAACCGUCUGUAGAAGAUUUUGCUGUAAGGCCAUGUGUUAAUGUGGCGGUAAAAAAGAAUUUGAAAAAUGAUCUGAGAAAGUUUAUUUUUGCCCCUGUAAUAAGGGGCAUUGACUCAGACGAACCUCUGGAAUAUUUAACCGAAAUGAGACAAGUCGUUACAGUAUUUAUAAACGUUGUCGUCUACAAAAUCGAAAUACUUCACUACGUUAGAAUUAUCGACACAACAUUUAAAACUGUGACCGGACUUGUGGAAGAGGGCAACGGCAGCGUGAAUAAAAUCUCCCUAUUUGAUAAAGAUCUAAUGAUAAUUGCUCUGUUCGGGCUUAGAGGUUUCAAAGAUGAAAGCGAAUGCCAAAACGGGCUUAUAUGUGCAUACAAAUGUCAGGAAGAAAUAUCAAAACUUGAUUAUGUUAAAAUAUGUUCGGUGGGUGUCACGACGGGCAUGGCAUAUUGCGGGGUGGUAGGGCACACUUUAAGACGAGAAUACACAGUGAUUGGUGUAAGUGUUAACAAAGCUGCUCGACUCAUGAUGGCAUAUCCUGGGAAGGUUGUGUGUGACCGAGAAACUUUUCUUCACAGUAAAAUGGAAAAUAGACACUUCAUACUUCAGGAGCAGAGAAAUUUAAAAGGAAUUUCGCAUGCAGGACCGGUCUACGAGUUCAUUAAACAUCCUGUGCCUUCGCCAGUAAGCGAAACAUUGACUUCUUUACCAAUGCUUGGCAGAAAAACGGAAAUAAAACUCUAUAAACAUUUGUUGGAGACUUGCCUUGAAAUAAGAAAAACUGAACUGAAAUGUGGUAAUUUGUAUUUUAAUCAUCAUUCCGUUAUGAUAGUAAAAGGAAAAUCGAGACUUGGAAAAACUCGUUUAUUGGAUGAAAUUAUACGGUGCACACCUCCAGACGUCCCCGCUCAUAAAAUUUCCCUAUCCUUUAAGGAUAACAAGUUACAAUUUAAAACAGUACAGUUAAUAUUCACAUUUGCAAUGGGCCUCGAAGAAACUAGCACAAAAAACGAAGUGAAACAUAAGAUCGUGUCUUAUAUGAAAUCUUAUAAAAUACCGCAGAUCCUUUGCUGUUUGAAUAGCAUUUUUAAUAUUGAUAUUGCUAAAUCCGUUUACUAUGUGUCCUUAUCAAAAAAGGAAAAGGACAUAUUAACUAGAGAUGCUUUCAGUCAUCUUGCAGGCAUAUGUUUCCGUAAAACGUAUGUGAUCGGUAUUGACGAUGGACAGUUUAUUGACGAUGACUCGUGGCUUCUUUUGAAACUGAUGUUAGAUUUGGAACUACUUUUUUUAGUCAUUAAUAUCGGUCCGUAUAGGUAUUGCAGUCAAUUUUUCAAUACAUUUGUAGAAUGUAGAAAGGUUCGUGUGGUAGAGUUACAACAAAUCGAUAAAUGGUAUCAUGCAGGUUUAGCGUGUCAGUUUUUAAACGUGCAAGCCAUUCCACCAGAAUUAGAAAAAUUGAUCCAAUUAAGAAGCGAAGGGAAUCCCGGCUGGAUAGAAAGUUUUCUCUUAACUCUUAAGCAAAUUCAUGGAAUAGUUAUCAAGCACGUCGACGAAAGCGUUUUCUCGGAAUUGGGACUGGUGAAACCUCCCUCUUACAUGUUGGGAAGGAUAGAUUUAAAAGAAAGCUCUUCAGAUUCCGACGAGGAUAAUUGGAGAAUGUAUAAACACUGCUUUUAUGAAAAUGAUCAUGUUGAGAAUAAGCAAGUUAUUUCAGAAGGAAAUGUCGUAUUAAGUAAUACAAUGGCAAUAUGCCUCAUGGCACCUGGCUGUAGUUUGGAAAAUAACGAUUUAGAAUUAUCAAUGGACGUUAUGAUUAUGAAAACCUUCGAUUCUCUUACAUCCUACGAGCAACUUCUUCUGAAAAUGAGCUCUGUAAUAGGAAAUCUAUUUAUGAGGGACAUGCUCCUAUAUAUUAUGGGAACCGCUUCCAAGGAAAGGGANUUCAUUAUAUGGUCGCACUUGUAUCUGAUGUUCCAAAACUGCUGCGGGGAAGCGUUCGUAAAACAUUUCGUUUACGAUCAUGUCAAACACGGGAAUAACUUCUUGCGGAUAGGAAAUCAAUUGACGAUAAAGAUUGGCGUCAAAGGUUUCUAUAUGAAGACACAUUUUUUAAAUAGAUUGAUCCAAUUAAGAAGCGAAGGGAAUCCCGGCUGGAUAGAAAGUUUUCUCUUAACUCUUAAGCAAAUUCAUGGAAUAGUUAUCAAGCACGUCGACGAAAGCGUUUUCUCGGAAUUGGGACUGGUGAAACCUCCCUCUUACAUGUUGGGAAGGAUAGAUUUAAAAGAAAGCUCUUCAGAUUCCGACGAGGAUAAUUGGAGAAUGUAUAAACACUGCUUUUAUGAAAAUGAUCAUGUUGAGAAUAAGCAAGUUAUUUCAGAAGGAAAUGUCGUAUUAAGUAAUACAAUGGCAAUAUGCCUCAUGGCACCUGGCUGUAGUUUGGAAAAUAACGAUUUAGAAUUAUCAAUGGACGUUAUGAUUAUGAAAACCUUCGAUUCUCUUACAUCCUACGAGCAACUUCUUCUGAAAAUGAGCUCUGUAAUAGGAAAUCUAUUUAUGAGGGACAUGCUCCUAUAUAUUAUGGGAACCGCUUCCAAGGAAAGGGACACGGCAUUAGCUGUAAAAAAGCUGUUUGAGAUGAGAGUUUUACAGUGUGCCCGGGGAGAUUUUACCGAAGAUUCUCAAGGUCUAGUGAUGAAUCAAAGAACAUCUUUGACGAAACCGGACUCGUCAAUUCAAUGCAACUGUAUUGGUUAUCCCAGAAAUGUUAGCGAUCUUCCCAAAUACGCAUUUUGUGGUUACAUAAGAUUUACUCUACCUAUAUUCAGAGAAACAACGUACAAUUUAUUAACUGAUUCUCAAAAGAAAGAGUUUCAUACAAAAGCCAUGAAGUACUUAGAAAAACAGACAAGACGGUGCAUUUCAUGCGGACGAGGAUUUUUCUAUAAUAUUCUCGGGACACGGAUAGAAAGUGAUUUAAUUGCAUUUCGAAAGAAUGAUCACAAAAAGACCAAUGUUUAUCGAACUCAACCUAGAAGACAAAGCUCAAAACAUUCCUCACUUGUUAAUUCUAUAGAAUCAAGAAAUUUACAAAGACUUUUCGAUGGAAGUUCAGGAAGCAAUGAUUUUUUGAUAGAAAGCAAUUUUGGAGUCAACCUUGUAAAAAAACUAAGUAAAAGGUUUUCCUUAACUAGAACAUUUUCGUUCACAGACUUUAGUAGUUGCCAGUGUAGUCAUAUUUUAGACAACAUGUACAUUCAAAUAUUAGAGCACUGUAGAGAAGCUGGUGAAUACGAAAAAUUGAUACAGGCCCUCUUGGAAUAUGCAAAUUUGUGCGUGGAACUUCAAAAUUUGCCUCAAGCUCUUAAAACAUUGAAAGACGCGGAAAUGUUUAUAACGGAAAGAGUACAAUUGGAAGAUAACAAUGAAAAAAAUAACUGGCAUGUCCCUAUCAUAUAUGGACAAAUUAAAACUCUUACAGGCGCUGCCCAUUUAGACUCGGGGCAAAUCAAUGAAGCUUAUGAAAAUUUAAAUGAGGCUCUUUGCUGUUACGGGUACCAAUUUCCUCGAAGCAAACUUGCAAGAGGUAGAAAGAUGUUUACAUUAAAAAUGAAACAAAACUUUGGUUUAUACUUUAGUCCCACGUUUCUCUUUGGGUCCGCGCAAGGGAAAAGGUUGUGGCUCAAUCUGAACUUGAAAAAAAUCAAAAACAUCUUGCAGAAGUCGGAAAAAACAAGAUGGUGCAUUUCAUGCGGACGAGGAUUUUUCUAUAAUAUUCUCGGGACACGGAUAGAAAGUGAUUUAAUUGCAUUUCGAAAGAAUGAUCACAAAAAGACCAAUGUUUAUCGAACUCAACCUAGAAGACAAAGCUCAAAACAUUCCUCACUUGUUAAUUCUAUAGAAUCAAGAAAUUUACAAAGACUUUUCGAUGGAAGUUCAGGAAGCAAUGAUUUUUUGAUAGAAAGCAAUUUUGGAGUCAACCUUGUAAAAAAACUAAGUAAAAGGUUUUCCUUAACUAGAACAUUUUCGUUCACAGACUUUAGUAGUUGCCAGUGUAGUCAUAUUUUAGACAACAUGUACAUUCAAAUAUUAGAGCACUGUAGAGAAGCUGGUGAAUACGAAAAAUUGAUACAGGCCCUCUUGGAAUAUGCAAAUUUGUGCGUGGAACUUCAAAAUUUGCCUCAAGCUCUUAAAACAUUGAAAGACGCGGAAAUGUUUAUAACGGAAAGAGUACAAUUGGAAGAUAACAAUGAAAAAAAUAACUGGCAUGUCCCUAUCAUAUAUGGACAAAUUAAAACUCUUACAGGCGCUGCCCAUUUAGACUCGGGGCAAAUCAAUGAAGCUUAUGAAAAUUUAAAUGAGGCUCUUUGCUGUUACGGUAUACUCUAUAUUUUGUAUAUUAUAAAAAGCUCGUUAUAUAUAUUGAUUCGUAUUUCUUUAAAAACGGUAAAAGCUGAUUUUCUAAUUCACUCUAUUACGAAAAAACUUUAUUCCGGAUUUUAUGAAGUUUUUCCUAUUAUUUCAGGGUACCAAUUUCCUCGAAGCAAACUUGCAAGAGGUAGAAAGAUGUUUACAUUAAAAAUGAAACAAAACUUUGGUUUAUACUUUAGUCCCACGUUUCUCUUUGGGUCCGCGCAAGGGUAUGAUGCAGAAUUUUGUAAUAAAUUUUCUGAAUGUCUAUCUUUAAUCUGUGAGGUGUACAUGAAUUUGAAUCUUUGGAAUCACGCGGAACUGGCUACUACAUGGAGCUUGAACAAAGCUCUUUCUGCAAACACCGACUUCUAUAAAAUAUGCGUUGCGUUUGCGAAUGUGAUUGAAGUGUACUGUCGUAUUGGUAAAGUAAAGAUUAUAAAAAUUUUAGAAGUUCACGCCUUGCGUUUAUGUCAUAGAAAGAAGGGUAUCACGAUGGAAAUUAGAGAAUUAAAAGCGGUUUGCAAACUCUAUGCGUCAAUAUUUUGUGCCAGGAUAAUGAGAUCAGACAUUGACGAAGCUUUGCAUAUGGGCUAUAUAAUAAACAGACUCGGGGUGAAUGUUCAUGCAACUUUCGUUAUUUUGAAAAUACUUCCGACCAUGGUAUUUUGUCUACUUGCUACACAAAGGUUAAUUGAUGUUACCACUUUGUUAAAUGAUUUACAUUAUUAUGCAACAGAAGACACCGACAGUACAGGAAUGGUUUGGUAUUUUACUCUUAGUUUAAUAUUUAACCUUGAGACAGGCUACACCUACGUAACAUAUGAGCAAUGUAAAACGUUUUAUGACAUUGGUGGAGAAACCCUGUUAACUGUCAGAGAUCCAGAAGCAGAAAAAUGCUUUUAUAUUGCCGCAUGGCUUUGGUGCCUAAGGAAUGACCGUUGGAAUUCUGCAAGUAUCUGGUACAUAAAGAUUCAUAAACUUAUUAUGAUAGAAAAGAAUGAUUCAAUAAUCAGCAUGAUUUCAUCACUAUAUCUCUUGGAGGGCCUAUUAAUAUACAUAGUGGGCAAAAUGGAUUGUAGAAAUGUUACUGCUACCGCUAAAGCAUACAAAGAAGUAAAAAAAUUAAUCGCCUGCAUCAAAUGCACGACCAAAAAUUUUAAAUUAGUGCUGCCAAGGUUUUAUCAUUUGAAGGCCUACUUCAGUUUGAUAAGGAAUAAAGAAGACAAAAGUGUGAAAAUACUAAAAAUAGCAAAAAAAUUAGCUAAAAAUUACAAGAACAAUCUCGAACGUCUUUGGAUAGAACACUCUGAACUAGCCUGGAGUCACAAUAUGUCUACCUUAAUGUUGACAUUUUGGAAGGACCACAAUAUUACAGGAAAUACAAUUAGUUACCAUGAAGCUUCAUCUAACGUAGAAAUGCCAGCAGGCCUAUUUACCCUUCCCAUAUCAUAUUAUCACUAACGAAUUUUCUUUUAAACAAUAAAUAAGUCAACAACUG